CAUGACGCUUCGGCGCCGACUGUUCGUUUCGUUAAAACCUUCGAUGAACGUGUUUUCGUUAAAAAAAAAAACGUCACAUGAGUUUGACGUUUCGGUUCGUUGCUGCACGAGCAUUUCGCAAACAAUUUCGUUAAAAGUGGUUGGAAACAAAACAAACAUGACCGUGUGUUAAUGAAAUUGAAUUUCAAAAAGUGAGGAAAUGUGUUGAACAAGUGUCGAUCGUUUGUCCGCACGUCCGUAUCGUCUGUGUGGGCUAUCAACCGCCGGUUUGGAAUUAUCGUUCGGCUUACAUAACGCUAGAUGUCACGCUGCGUGUGGUAUACGUUGCGCUCAACUCGCGGCGGACCGAUCGGUGGACGAUUCGGUGCUUCUUUACAGUAUUGUUUGCCGCAGUUUACGGCACGGGUUUGUUCCUUUUCCUCGAAGGACGCUGGAGAUGAUCCACCACCACCAACCAAUCCACCGGAUAGCGGAUCAGGCACCAAGAGUGGUUCACCUACAAGCAACACAUCGAAAAAGUUCGUACGCAAUGCUACGAUUUUGGUGCAGCAAGGUUGCGACAUCCAGGAGCUACCGGUGGUCGUACGCAAGAUUGCCGAGGAUGAGUUCGUAUCGUUCGUGUCGGAUAAAAUAAUAACUGCACCGGUAACAACGCCGCCAUCAAACAAAACGGGCGAAGAACCGAGAGCUAACGAGCUGCCGGUCUCAUUGGAGUCCGAAAUGGAAACUAUAAAAAGCAUCGAAAGUUGCCAUUCAACCAAAGGGGUACUAACGGUACUGCAGGAGCGAGAAAAAGAUGGUGGAACUGGGUACGGUCCUAGCGUUGCGAUACACGCCCUAGAGAAGAUACUUAAGGUGGAGAGCUUGCUGGAACUAAAAGAGCUAGAAGAAAGCGAACCUUUCGAACGGAUCGUUAACUGUAUCGUGUUUCAUUCGGAUUCUAAAGCCAUUCUUGAUCUUUUAGAUGAAUUGCGAAGCUAUUUGGAGCUACCGCGAACGAUCGAUAUGUUGGGAAAUGAGCUUGUGUACCGGUGUUCGGAAAAUGUGCUAUCCAUCGAGGAAUGUUGCGAUGCGAUCGAAGUGCUAACGCAAUGCCGCCGGCCAGAGAUGGUGGAAAAGUUUUGGAGUGGUAUUGCCGAUCAGGAGAAAAGUAUCACCGAACGGAACGUGCAUUUUGUGUUCUCCAUCCUACCCUAUCUUAAAGUUAGUCGCCGUGCAGUACUGACGGUGCUGGAACGACGCAUUCCACAGCUCUGGUGGCAAAUGUCGCCAAACGCUACGAUCGAGGUGCUGCAAGCACUUGUCACCUGCAAACUAUCACCAUUUCGGGUCACGCAAACGUUAGCGCGCUGGUUGAACACCAAUAUACACGCGGUGGCAGAAGAUGAGCUAGGUGCAAUACUGGAAGCAUUCACAAAUCUCGCCUACUCCGAUGCACAAAUCGAACGCGCGAUAGAACGAUACGUUAAAGCGAAAGGUGUGAAGGUGAGCUCACAAAAUCUCAUCGUUACCAUACUGAGACACUGUGAAGAAUUUCGUCUCCGGAACGCACACAUACUGAAUGGUUGCAGUGAGUUUUUCAUAGCCAACUUUAGUCAACUCGAGCCGACGUAUCUCAAGGCACUUUUCUGCCCAUUCGGCUAUCUGGACUUUGUGCCGACGAAUGCGAUCAAAUUUUUCGAUACGGUGAACAUGUUUGUUGAUCUGCAUUUUGCUAAAAUUCGCCCGACGGAUACGAUCGACAUUAUGUUUGCGUACAUUUGUCUGGAGCGCUUUCCGCUUAAUUUUGUAAACCGAAUUUUUAAUCCAUACUUUCUCGAUGUGCUACAUGCAAAAACUCGCCCAGAUCGGUUGGAUGUGGUGCGCGGCAAGCUGAAAGUGUUCGAUACCGGACUAACGCUUGAGUGUGUGGAUUAUGAUGGACCGUUACUACCGCGGGAUCAUUCAGCGAAGGCCGUUUUUCACGAUGGCCGUAUAAAGCGUAUCAUUAACUACAUUACGACCGAGCUGGAGGAACUGGCCGGUGGACCGGAAUGUAUGACAAAGUUCUCCAUCCUGCAGCAUCUGCCCGUGAACUCGCUCUAUCUGGUGGACGUUAUAUUCCAUCCGGCCGGUUUAGGUAACAUUUUCACCAUGGACACCAUGAAGGAGCGUAACAUCAAUGUGGCGGUGUUGGUUCAUCUGCCAGAAUACUUUGACAGUACCGGCAAGUAUUUAGUUGGGCCGCAGGUGAUGCGAAUACGGCACCUGCGACGGCUCGGACUGAAGGUGGCCACGCUACGUUUCGAUGUGCUGUACAAGCUGAAAAUCCAUCCACAGGAGCUGCAGGAUUAUUUGGUGGAGCGAAUGAAGGCGGCACUAGAUGCGUUGCCACCGCCCGGAACGGUAGCAGCAGCACCGGUCGAAGGAUCACCAUAAAGUCCAAUUGUGAUAUACAAUGUGUAAAAAUCGUAACGAUAGUUAUUAACUUAGAUGUUUCUGUGUUUGUUAGCUAAUGCUAUUCACCUGCUAUAAUAGCACAUUUGGUAAUCAUUCUGAAGUGCGCUUUUGCAAAGGCACUAAAUAGAAAGACUGCAAGGAUCAAAAAUAAAACAAGACUUUUGAGUGUGAAAAAAGACAAAA